AUGUGUCUCAAAGAUGAUGGCCUAGAUCCAUCUCACUACGUCUCUGCACCUGGAAUGUUCAAUAAUUCUCUAUACAAAAGUAGCGGAGCAGAACUUAAGCUCAUGACAGAUAUAGACGAGUAUCUGAUAGUUGAAAAUGGAAUCCGUGGAGGAAUGACAAUGACAAGUCAUCGAUAUGCCAAAGCUCCGCAAUUCCAGACCAUGAGUCCAGCAAGCCAAAUCCCUGGAUCAUGUAUAAGUGCACUUGCACGAUUACUUUGCAAAUUAUCCAUUAGUGCCAGAAAAGCAGAUAGUUCCAGAAGAUGGCUUAGCUUGUAUAAUGAAAGAUUAGUGCGAGAUAAAAAUGUUGGAGCUCUUCAGACAUAUAUAAAGUUCGGAAUAAAGGUUACAAAGAUUUAUAGCGCUCUUAAGUUUAAGCAAUCUCCAUUAAUGAAGGAAUACAGCAUAAUUGAAGAAAAUAUUUGUAAACGCAAAAUAGCCAAGGCAAAUGUGGAUGAGUUUGGGGUCAUGUAUUAUAAGUUAAAGUACAAUGCGGUAUUUAGCAAACAGAUGGAAAAUGUUUGA